AUGGAAAAUGAAAUUGUUCAGGUAUUGGAUCGUUUGGAGGAGAGCAACGCAAUGGUAUCGGACUUGUUGGUGCAGUUGUUGGGUGUGCUGACUGCGUACAGUAUCAGUGUCAAGGAAACGAAACGCUUUUUGCGUGCGUUGAAGGUUGAUAACGGACAAUGGCGAAGAAAUUCCGCAAAGCUUUUACAAGUUCUGAAAGAAAUGCCGAGACGAGACGGAGCUGAUGUGUUCUUUUCGUUUCCUGGAUGUCGUGGAGCGGGUAUUGCGUUGCCUCCGCUCACGAAAUGGCCGUAUCAAAAUGGUUGGACAUUCAGCACAUGGCUUCGUAUGGACCCGCUGAAUAGUGUCAAUUUUGAGAAGGAAAGACCGUACUUGUAUAGUUUUCGAACGAACAAAGGAGUUGGAUACAGUUGUUAUUUUAUGGGGAACUGCUUGGUGGUGAGUAGUAUGCGAUCGCCAGGCAAAGAGGUGGCUCGUUGCAUUCGACAGGAACUCUCGCCGAGGAAGUUGGUCGUUUGUUCAUUUCUCGUUGAUUCAAUUUUGAUAAGCAUCUUAAUUUCUGAUAGGUUGGUGUCAACAACGGAUCAGUUCGAUAAGUGCACAGUGGGCUGUGGACCGGACGGUGAGGAGUCGUUCUGUGGUCAAAUCGCGGCCAUUUACGUUUUCGGCGAAUCGAUCACUCUUCAACAAGCGAAUUCACUCUAUUGUCUAGGUGCCAUUUAUCAGAGUAACUUCAAACACGAUGCAGAAUCGGAUCUGCCAGAAGGAUACAAAAAGGUUUGCAUAUUUAGCUCUGAUCAUCUGUUUUACCUAUUUUAA